UGUACCAGUUUUUUUAACGCAAAAUUUAUUAUUUAUUUAUUAAAAACAAAAAAGAGCCCAGACGGCGGCUCUCGUAGUGUGGACAAUCAGUUAGGCUUUAGAAGCUCCGCCCGUAAGCUGAGGAGAUCUGUGUCUCUGAGAUAAUGGCAGGGCCAGGAAGUUCCAUGUUGUAUUCGUUUCUUUUAUUCACUGUCAUUCUCUCCCUUCAAGAGAUGUAUCGAGGAAAAUUAGCAUCCACAGAGUUAUUUACAAUACUUGGAGGCUUCAUCAGUUCUCUUCUGUUUCUUGUGCUGCUGACAUUCAUUGGGAAUUUCCAGGAAACAUGUGGCAUGAAGACUGGUUGGGGCACAGUGGUAUUAGCAGAAGCUGUUGCUCUGACUGCAGCUGGCACUGUUCAUCGUGUUUGCAUCACAACAUGUUUCUUGUUCUCCGUGGGACUACUGUACGAGGUCAACAAGCUCUCUGGAAUGCUGCUUUUUAAAAGCGAAUCUAAAACAAGAAGGCACUAGGGGGGGAUGCUAUUAUUGCCUUUUUUAAAAUGGUGAUCUGCCGAUCUUCAGUUUUAUUCUCUUACCAGGCUUUGUCAAGUGAUUGUGAGAUUUAUAUAUAUUUAUCAACAAGGCCAACUCUGAAACUAGUCACUCGUAGGGUACCCAGAAGAUGUUGGAUAAUAUUUUUUUCCUGCUUUCUUGAAGAGCAAAAUAAUAUUUUUUUGUUAUAAUAUUAUUUUGCUUCUCAAACAGUUUUUGGGUCUGCUGUCCAGUUGUGUGUGGAUUUCCAUACAUGUAUUAUGUUAACCUGAUACCAUUGAUUUAA